GGGACGACCGACCGGCUGCAUACCGGAGCGAGCAACAAGUUGUCGUGUCUGUCUUGCAGUUCGAAGCGCGGAGCGAGUGAGAAAGAGUUGAAAAAGAGUUGGCCCAGCGAGCCAAGCAAGGUGCGGUCCCAUCAUCCCUUCGACACCUGCCCUAUCCGAAAGUCACACAAGAGCAUGGCCUACCACGGACCGUCGUACGGCCUCAGCAGGGAGUGCCAGAUGAAGGCGCAGGCAAAGUUCAGCCUGGAAAGAGCGCUCGAGUGCGUUUCGUGGGUGGAGGACAUGAUUGGCCGCCGCCUUGACACCCCCGAUCAACAGUCCAUCAAGGACCAACUUGACUUCGCCUACGGCCUUAAGGACGGCGUUGCUCUAUGCGAGCUGAUAAACAGGCUGGAGCCAGGCACUGUGAAAAAGAUCAAUGCCAUGAAAGCACCCUUCAAACAGAGAGAAAACAUUGAGAUGUUCCUGAACGGCUGCAUUUCCUACGGACUCAAAUCGCAAGACUUGUUCCAGGUCAACGACCUAUACGAGCAUAAAAACAUUUACAUGGUGGUCGACUGUUUGUUCUCGUUAGGAGGCUUGGCGCAGAAAAAGCAAUUCGACGGACCGACGCUGGGGGUCAAGGUCGCCAACGAGAACAAGCGCAAUUUCUCGGCGGAGCAGUUGGCCGAGAGCAACAGGAUAAUAGGGCUGCAGUAUGGCAGCAACAGAGGGGCGAGUCAGGCCGGCAUGACUGCGUUCGGCCACACCAGACAAAUCCUGCCAGACGAGUUCAUGCGGCGCUGAUGAGAGCAAAGAAAAUUUUGUACAAGUCCAAAUUCAGCCAUGCGCAGAUUAACCCCGUUAAGUAUUUUAAGUUAAGAAAGUGAAGAAUCCUCUACUACUUACUGAUAGAACGCAUGCAAAUCAAUAUGUUAAUCAAGUGCUGUCUUUUAACCAAGAGACGAGAUGAUUUUAAAACUAUUUAUUUGUAAGGAUAAGCGACAAUGAAACCUUGCCACGAAUAAACAUAUAAAUUUUGAGUGUCAUUUACAAA